CUUCUCCUUACUCCACUUCAAUACACCGCUGCCCUUAUCGCUCCCCUUGCGCCCCCUUGCGCCGGCUCCCCGCCCGAAAAACAGCGCACGCGAACCACACAUCACCUCGACACUCGGUAUUUUGGUAUUUUUGAAGGUGAACGCGAUUUUACGCGUUUAUUACCAACUGGCUGGUCCAAAAUCCGUAGCACUUGGGCUAUUCAAACAUAGCCCCCCAGCAACCGCCUCAUCAAGGCCACCAAAGCCAGGUCCAAACCCCCAAAAACAUCAUGUCCACCCCCGACAUUGGUAAGCUGGAUCUCUCCGAUUCCGACACCACAGAAGAUCUCUUCGCAUCCCCCUCCAAAGUGUCCAAGCCACGACAAAAGUCCGUCUCCAAGCCAACAGACAACAACAACGCGUCCACACAGCGCAAUAACGGCGAAUCAAAAUAUGACGCUGAGCAAGCGCGGGAGGCGUCCUUGAGGAAGGAGUUGGAGAGUGUGAGGAGUAUCAAUGAGGUGAUUGAGGGCGUAGUAUCGAGUCUUGAGUGCGCGAGGGGGAAUAUGGAUGUACGUUGGACAGGAUCCUGUUGGUAUCAUGGGCGCAUGGCAGGUAGAGCUGACUCUUUGUUAUGUAGACUAUAUCAAGAACCGUUACCUCUGCCUCUACCUUGCUGAAUACGUGGAUUCGAAUCUUGUCGCAGACGGAGCAUAAUCAACGACUGAUAUUGAAUCCCAACUGGAAGGGAGCAAGUCAGGAUAUAGUCGAUAUGGAGAAUGAAACAGUACUGAAAGCACAGGCAGCAGAAAUAAGGGCAGCCGAGGAAGAGAGAAGAAGGGAAGAUGCGAGAAGGAGGGCAGAGGAGGAAGAAAGAUCGCGCCAGGCUGGUACCACGACACGGGGAACACGAGGCACUAGAGGACGAGGCAGAGCAGGUAGAGCCGUAAGUAGUGGCUACGGUAGCAGCGGAUAUGUUGCUGGUGGGCCCAGAGGCUCAUCAAAUACCACGCGCUCGGGAUCAGGUAUAGGAAGAGGAACUGGUAGUGUGCGGGGUAGGCGGGGUCCAAGGUAAAAAUGAAAGAACAAAAUCAUACUAUUAUCCUACAAACAAACGCCGGCCUUAUAUCCUAUUGACGCCAUAGUCCUGGUAGGACAUCCUUUUCCAAACGCCAAACCAUACAAACCCAUAAUCUGGUACAGUACUCACUUCUUUUUGAAGAAGUCGCUCAUUUUCUUCAUCCCGCUAACAUUGACUUUCUUUAGAGUCUUCACACCUCUACUCUCUCCGGCUUUCUUCCUCUUUUCAUCCUCUUCCUUUUUCCGCUUCUUCUCGGCUCGUCCUUCUCCGUCCCCUUCGUCAUCUUCGAACCCUCGUUUCCUCGAGGCAUCACCCAAUGAUCUCGCGGCAAUGGCUUCUUGUCGGAGCUUGGCCAAAUCUGCGAUAUGGGCAUCGAGGGGGGCAAAGUCAGUACCGGUCUCGGGCGAUGAUGCAAGCUUUUUGAUAGACUCGCUCAUAUAUGGUGCCAUAUAUUUUGAGCAGAGGAAUGACAUGGCAGUCCGGAGUCUUAGGAGAUCUGCCACCCCAUCAGGGGCAGUGAUGGGUGGCAGUAGGCUUUUCUUGUUGGCCGUAACAGUAACAGAAGAGUCUCCUGAGAGUGAUGUAGCAGCAGUGGAAGCUUGCGAAACAGAGCUUGUCGUGCUCUCAAAUGAAGUGAUGGUGGACUGUGUAUCUGGGGUUUCCGUAGGAGGUGUCGAGAUUGCAGAGUUGGCGGGUUUGACCGCAUCCUCUUCCUCCUCACAGGCAAUAAUAAGAGUCGGGACCUCAAGGGCUUUCCUCACAAACUUCUCCUCCA